AUGGAAGGUAUGAUACAAGCACGUAGUUACGGUCAGUGAAAGAUAUAAAUUUAUCAUAAAAAUUAAGGAAAGAGUGUCAAGAGUUUCUGAACUCCAUUGCAUCGACUCUUCCUACAUGAAAAUGGAUAAUUUGUUGAAAGAAUUAGAAGCGAUGAAAAUCACAGGUAAUUUGUCAAGCGAUAAUUUAUGGAAGACUUGCAUAGAAUUGCUCGAAAAUACCUUCGUUCCGGAAAAACAGAUCGGCAAAGAACGACCCUGUGAAGAGAAAGAUUACAGGGAAUACAGACAAAUAGUCGAUAGAAAUUUACGAAACAUAGAGUCAACACUACAUCACGUAAUAAUAACGUUUAAUGAUGAUCAGAAUAAGGAAGAAACAACUACUAUAAUCCAGAAUCAGUACGUGCGGACAUUUCUGACAUAUUUAAUUAUCAUUAUUGGCGAACAGAGUGAAAAAAGUGUUUGGAAUACAGCUGAAUCUGUAUCUAUAGCCAACAGCAUGAAAUACAAAAUAUGCAAUUUUUAUAAAUGUGAUUCUAUAUCGAAGUUGCUUGUUGGAGAAGGAAUGUACAAAGAUAGUUCGAGCAAUGAUACCUAUAGCAUCCUUAACAUGGUGCUGCUAGCAGUCAGACCAAAGUUACGCAAAGAAACUUGGAAGGCUCACCCAGCCACAGUUAAUUUGUAUAAGUGGAUAUUAGAGCAGAUAGAGGAACCAAAUUUAGUCAAUCACAUGAGUAAUGUGAUACCGACCGCACUGAUUAUUCUGGAUGAUUACGUAGUGGAGAACAGACUCCUGGGCAUAAAAUGCUUAGAAAGGAUUUCGAAGCAUGCAUACAUGAGGAAGGAACUAGUUGAUACGGGAUACUCAGAAAUGAUAUACUAUGAAUUGACACGAUUAUUAGGUAUGCGGGAAGUGGCAUACGUCAAACCUUUAUAUUCCUGUAUGACCAAAGUUUUGUCAACCAAUGAGUACUAUAACAACACAAAUUGCCUGGAGUGGACUAGACGGGAUGAUGUUCUGUCAUCACUCUUGGGCAACAUGGAGUAUGAGCAGAAUUCAGACCUGCGGCAUGCCUAUAUGUGCAGUUUGCCUGAAAUGUUAACUAACAUAGGGUGUUCUAAAUGGUGCGAAAGGCUGGCAAGAAUUUUGUCCGAAUAUUGUGAAAACCAUACUGACCUCAAAACAUUAAAAGUUACCUUACAAACUGCAAAGGUCUUUCUUGUAACUCUUCAACCACGUGUACCAUCGCAUUGCGUAUCUCUGUACGCAACAUUUCUCAAACUUCACACAGAUUUGAUGGAAACACCAGUAUUUGAUAAGGAAAUCGUAGAAAACUUAGAAGAUUGCAUUUGUAUGUUGUAUAAAUUAGUACCUUCGAUAGGCAGAAAAAUUGUUACCGAUGAUCGUAUGAAAUCCAUAAUAAACGAGCAUCUUCAAUUCAAAAUAUUGAAUGAUACUACUUAUUUUGAAUGAACUUACUGUUAACUAAGCCUAAUGAAAUUCUGUGUUAUUUGUUUUUAAGUGAAAAGAUUGUUAAUAUAUUUGUUAUUUUGAUAAUUUGUACGAACCUAUACAAUAAGAAAAAAAAAACAUGUACAGAAAAUACCUUAAAAUCACGCCUAUAACCGCAUUUAAUAAUCUAGAUAAAGUGGUCUCAAAUGUCUUUGAAGCUCCAUAUAAAUACCAGAAAUCUGAAUUUCUAAUCCUAGGAUUCAAAAACCAUCGCCUGAGAUGCACUGACUGCGUUUGUUAAAUAAACGUUUCCCUUUUUGAUAAAAA